UUUAUGUGUCAAGACAAAAAUGUCUGACGUAAAUUUCGGCAAAAAGACUCGAAAAUUUGUUGUGUAAAAGAACGAAAUACGAGUCACGUUAUGGCGCUGAUCAAUAAGCAACGUAUUAUCAAACUAUCUAAUCCAAAACUAGAAUGGAAUUCCAUUAUCUGCUAAGAAAAUUGAUAACUAACGGAUUGACUAGGUGAGAAAAAAAUAAAAACCCUUUGACGCGCACGUUCUUGAUAUCGUCAUUUAAUCGCUGUCAAAGGGUCAGAAGAAGUUCAUGGCGUCAAUAACUUGAGAGCACCGAAACAAUCUUGGAAAGUGUCUCAGAACAUUUCUUUCGAUUCUUCGCUUCGAAAUUAUAUCACCGCAAUGGAUCAAAUAAGUCAAGUCAAAUGUGUUUCCGCACGUCAAAACGAUUAUCUCUGGCCAGAUGUAUCGAAGACACACCUGCGACCUCAACCGUCAACAGCAGUUAUUAGAUUUUAUUCUUGUAAUGAUUCACGAAUUGACGAGCCUCUAGACAGAACCGUUGGUAAGUCCUUCGAAUGGUGUCAAGUGGUUCCUGCGAUGCAACGUUUAGAGCCGAAGCUUUGUUCCACCAAGAUUCGAUCAUUUCCGGAAGUUGAGCCGACACGAUUUGAGCAGCCACGUAAAUGUGUAAAAAAAAUCGAAGUGGAGUGUCCCGAUCUGCAUAAAAUAUUAGAAAAGUUACUUCCGGAAGAAAAGUGUUUGGAUAAAACAACCGCACGAGUGGAAGCUGAUCGAUGGAAGACAACGUAUCAAAUUGAUUUCAGUGAUCCUGCAGCCGCACGUAUGGCUAAAAGUAUUGCCAAACGUGACAAGCUGUGCAGAAUCGACGAUACGAUUUGUUCUCAGAAAAUGGAGCAUCGUCUGCCAGUCAAGAUAAUUGUAGAAUCUGAUUGUCUGCCGAAAUGUUGUCUGUCUUCGAGAUACAACGGAAAUAGCUUGCAGAAACAGGUUUACAAAAAACUCGGGCGGAAGAAUGGAAAGAAAUGUAUGGAUGAGAAAAUAAAGAUGCAAUUGCCGGCCUGGAAGUCGGAAUAUCAAGACAGCAUUAGCAAGAUCGGACAGUCCAUUAUAAAAACUAAACUACAUCAAAAAAGAAGCGCCGCGCCGAUGUUGACCAUAUCUUAUUAAAAUGUAUAAACAGAUCACAUAUAUGUAAAUAAAUAUAUCCGAUGAGAUUUUCUUUUCUUCGAGUAAAAGCAAGAUGUUUAAUAUUGUGUUAAAUGUACGUAGACAAGAGUACAAUGUUUUUUUUUUGUCUUUUUUAGAUAGACAAUAUUUUUAUUUAUCACAUUGCGAUAAUCCGUCAAUGAGUUUCACAAGAAAAUCGUCAUGCGAACAAUUUUCAAUUUGUUUCUCGCUCGCGCCGUCAUAUUAUGUGUAAUGUAAUUAUUGACGAAUUAAUAUAAAUGGAUUUUUUUUUUUUCCCCAUAAGCGAUUCUGUAGUUUAAUAUUUCUGUUUGGUCCUCUUGUACACAAAUUUAAUACAAUGACAAAAAUAUAAACUAUGUAUUUGAGUUACGUUCGAUUACUUAUUUCACAAGCGUGAACUAAGCGUCAAGUGAGCUAAGUACAGUGAAAAAAUCUAAUAAUCCUCCUCCUCCUAUAUAAAAAAUCUAUGUGUACCGCGAAGUGCGCGGUUUGAUAUCGAAUGUAUCGCAUCUAUUGUUG